CUAUUUUAAUUCCAUUCCUUCACUUCAGGAAAAACAGAAACAGCCACUGACAUGGGACUUCUUGAAUUAUCGCCUGGAGAAAACAUUACUGCUGUAAACAAAAUCAAUAACGGUCAAUGUAUAGCCAAUGAUGAUUACAAGCACACGGUUUAUGCUGUCGUAUACAGCAUUGUUUUUGUAAUCGGCUUGGUGUCCAAUUCGAUUGCCCUUUUUGUAUUCUGCCAUUUAGCUAAAAGGAAGAGAAUGUCAAGUGUCUUUCUAAUGAACCUGGCAGCAGCAGACCUCAUUUUCAUAUUCUCCCUGCCUUUCCGAUUACUGAACCACCUUGAAGUCAGAGGAUGGCCAUUCACUGAAACAGCUUGCCGAUUCUCCACAUACAUGUUUUACAUGAGUAUGUACUGCAGCAUAUUCUUCCUGACGGGCCUCAGUGUCUGCCGCUAUCUUGUGAUGGCUCGCUACGUGAGGUUUCAGAAUGAUUUUUCACACAAAUGGGCUCUGACUAUAUGUUUUGCAAUGUGGAUCUUUAUCGGGGUGGGUGUAGCUAUUUCUUUGUUCUUUGUAACAAGUUUUCAUGCUGAAGUCACAAGAUGCUUUGAACCCUCAAGUCUAGCCGCGUGGAGGCGCCUUUAUUAUAUGAACUUCUAUGCCCUUGUGUUUGGCUUCACAAUUCCCUUUCUCACUGUUUUGAUAUGUUACAUGCUGAUGAUUAAACAUAUAGUUCAAACCAAAAAGAAGAAGAUUGGCAGGGACGUUGCAAUGAUCUGCUUGGUUUUGACUGUGUUUUGCAUUUGUUUCUUACCCUAUCAUGUCCAGAGAACUAUACACCUACAUUUCAAGGUUCAUCACCAAAGUGAGUGUGACCUGCAGGAGGUUUUACAGAAGACGGUGGUUGUUACAUUAUGCUUGGCUGUUGUGAACAGCUGUCUAGAUCCACUGCUCUUUGUGUUUGUGGGUAAGGGUUUUAAGACACUGCUUAAGAAUCUUUUUAAAAGAUGCAACAUUUCAUGUGCUUCAGCCACUGAUUUUUCCAGCUCAUCCGCCUCUUCACGUAAUGCUGAUAUAGAAAUGUGUCAAUAAGGACACAGAGCAGAGAAGCCCCUUGUUAAAGUUUGAACUGUAAUAUUUAGAAUACAACGUGCAGCCCGUGUACCACGCGCGUGCGACUGAGCUGCCUUGGGUAUAUGCUGUUAUGUAUGGAACAAUGCACCUUUUUAAAAAUAAUUUUAAAACAGAUAUUCCGUUAUGAAUCCCUGAUAAUCAGUCCUGUAUUGCUACAAGAUUUGUUUUUAAGUGGUUGUGCUCUGGGCAGAGAAGAGCAUGAACAUGAUAAAAUAGCGACUGAAUAUAUAUAAUUGUAGAAGUAUAACUUCAGUCAGUUUAGUUACAUAUGAGAAAAAAUACAUUUAAAAAAUUGGAUUCAGCUAUCAUGAAGACAAAAUCUGCAAACUCAAGUCUAAGCCUCAUUCGCCAGAGUUUGAAGUUUGGUAUAAUGCCACACAUUUGUUUAAAAUGUACUUAACCUUGGUAAUACAUUCCUAGAUCUUGAGAUUUAUUCUGCAAUUGCAAUCCUCUAAUCUGCCCAGAUAAGAUAGAAUACUCUUCCCUGUGUUACUACUAAGCUUGAAUGCAAGAACAAUGACUAUGACAAUGAUCCAUCAAUCUUUUUUUUUCUUUUGACUGUCAUUGAACAACUACGUUUUUUUGGGGCUAAUUCAAAUCAUUUGUUUGUGUUGCUGAUGUGUGCAUUUUUAACAUUCACCUUGGUCUCAAUAUUACUUAUUAUAAUGUAAGAAACUAAAAGAGGGAGCCACAGAUGUAUAGCAUUUGCUAAAAUACUGUACUGCAUCGCUGGAUUAAGAAGCAGAUAUUGUCAUGAUUAAAUAAUAUGCUGUAAUCCACAUCACGCUAAUGAAAGCUAAUUCCCAUUUUCUUUUUGCUUCAUUGAAUAUUAUUCCUUUCUCAGAUCAAAAGAAUUCAGGACUAGCAUGUGACCAUUAUGAAUGAUAAGGCUUGCUUUUGCAGAAUUUUGUAACAGAUGGUUCACAUUUCUCUGCUUGAAAUGUGCAGAUAAAGCUUGCAAUCCCCCCUGGCUUUACAGUAUCCCACUUGCCCUACUGUAACUUCUGACAUCAUGUUGAUCAUUUUCUCUGACCUUGUAACAUUGUUAAGAAACUCAAAGACCCCUGCCAAAAACACACUCUAAGGAACUAAGAAACUGGUCACAUGAUUUUUUUUUUUUAACAUUCCAGAAUAAAGUACUAAUCCAUGUUUUAAUAGCUGAUUAUGUCAAACAUGUCGUAGUAUAGCUUUUCUCUGUGCAUCCUAAAGCCGUAAAACUGUUUGAGCAUUCAAGGAAAGGUCCAGGUGGCAGCACUGUGCAAUUAAGGAUGUACCUGUUUAGCACUUACAAUUAGGUUCCAGAUUGCGAAAUGCAAUUAAUAUUUGUAUUCACCUAUACAAAUACUUUUUGAUUAAAGUCACUGGCACUGUUGUAUAUUAUAUGAGUGGAAAUAUAUCAUUUAUUUUGAUUUAAAAAUGUAAAUCUGGGUAAAACCCCUGAGUUAAAAUCUUGUUUACAGAGGUGUCCCGGAUAAAGGCAUAAUGCAAAAAUUUCAUGCAAUAAUGAAGUGAACAAUUUAUUUAAAUCUCGAGGAAGACUGUUCCAGCUAUCCGGGUCUUUGUAUUACAAAUAAUUAUGUUCAAAAUAAGCCAGUGGUAGUUUCCUCUUUGCUGACAUGAUAGCCAAUCAAGUGACUGAGAGAAAUGGCAGUGAUGCAUCUUCGAAUCUGCAUUUAGACCAAAACUAUUCGGUUAUACAUUACAUUCAAUCUGCUCAGUGCAGUUUUACUGACUAUGUGAUACAGAAUGUCACCAAAAACAAGACACAAAAUCAAUGUUUGUAGGGCAAUUAUUUUUCUUUCCUACAUGCUCAGACAGUUUUGUACUGUACAGGUGUCCUAACUUCAGAACAGCGUCCUGGGUCCAACCACAUUGCUAGGCACUUGAAUUGAUCAAAAUGUUACAGUUUUGUGCCUUGUGAUGUUUUCAUUAUGAUCUGAAGUGGAUUACAGUAUGCGUUGGAUUCUUUGGAAUUUUUCUUGUCACAAAUAAUGUAUGCAAUUUCAAAUACCUGGAAUACAAAGCAAUUGUGUUGCUAUCAUGUCUUCGUAUCUGUACCAAAUGUGUUUGUUUUACUGAAACAAUUAAACAACUAAAAUACUUUU